AUGGCAUUGCAUUGCAUGUUGGUUGGGUCCCAUGGACAGAUGCUUGCAAAGCGGCCUAGACCUAACGGGUUGUCCUGUGGCGGCAUGUCACCUAUAGUACCAAAUAGGGAUUCAUUAUUAGGGUUUCAUCUGGAUCGGUUAAUUGGUUAUCUAGGUUUGCGGUCGAAUUUCCAAAUAAUUCUGGAAGUCAUUGUCAGCCAUACCUUUAAAGCUGCAAGUAGUUGGGUUUACGACGUUGAACCAACUGAAAGUGCAAUGUUGAAUGGAGGAAAACCUGGUUAUCAUAUGAGUCAAGGAAUAGGUGCUGGUAUUGUGCCGCGUGUUUUGGAUGUUGUCAUGCUUAGAGAAGUUGUAUCAAAUGAGGAAGCUAUAGAAACUACUAGGCUGCUUGCAUUGAAGGAGGGUGUGCUGGUGGGGAUAUCAUCUAGUGCUGUGACUGCUCCUGCUAUAAAGUUUGCAAAGAGACCAAAAAAUGCUGGGAGACUCAUUGUGAUUUUAAAUGUUGAGAAACUAAAUUUAUCAAGGUCUUAUUAA